ACGCCGUUGACGGAUUCAACGAUUCCAGAUCUCUCCCCGGACGCCAGACGGUAAGCCCACCCUCGUCCGCUCGCAUCCGCCAUCCGCCCACCGGAUUCGCCGCCCCCGGCCUUUUCCUUGAGACCUUAACCCUUGUAUUUAGGUACGCCCAACCCACGAACACACCUCCCAUCGUGACCAGCAAGUCCAUAUCCAACGGCCAUAAUCCUAUUCGAGACCAAUUCCUGGUGCAUCUAGACUAUUACCGGUACCAACUUUAACGUCUCCCUCCAGCUCCUAUCCAACCACCCCGUCUCGAACUCCAACCCUAACCCUAACACUAGCCCUAAUCCCCGAAUAAAUCGCACCCAAUCCCCCUAAACCCUAAUCCAAUUUGUCUCCGGCACUCACGCUUCUCCGAGAAGCCGAGACCAGGACGAUGAUGGCGUCCACCGCCGAAGACGACGAGCACGACGCCGCCGUCUACGACGAAGAUGACUCCGACUCCGACUCCGACUCCGACGAUGGCGUCGACUCCGAGGAGUACGACGACGACGUCGUCGACGGCCACUCGGCGGCGCUGCCUCCCCCUCCGGUCCCGGCCGCUGCCGCAGACCAGCAAAUACUUCGUUCCUCCUCCUCCUCCGUCGUCCCCAACCCUAACCCAAAUCCUUCCGCCUCCUCUCCCAUCCCCCAGAACGGCGCGGGCGGCGCGGGCUGGGGCGUCGCCUUCGUGGCCUCUCCCGACGGAAAGCGGCAGAGGAUCUCCCCGCCGGUGGAUGAGAGGAAGCCCCCGGCGGUGGCGUACGACGAGUCGCGGCGGAUCUUCCAGAAGCUAUGGACGGACGCGGACGAGAUCACGAUACUGCAAGGGUUCUUGGAGUUCACGUCGCAGCGGGGGACGACGCACGCCAACUACCAGCACGACACGGGGCCCUUCUACGACCAGAUCAAGGGCCGCCUUCAGCUUGAUUUCAACAAGAACCAACUGGUCGAGAAGCUCCGCCGCCUGAAGAAGAAGUACCGCAACAUGGUGAGCCGGAUCGCCGCCGGGAAGGAGUCCGUCUUUAAGAGCCCCCACGACAAGGCCACCUUCGAAAUCGCCCGCAAGAUCUGGAGCCCCAGCUUUAAGAGGACCCGCAACCGGGACUCAUGCAAUGCGCCCAACUGCCAGCUUCAAGAAAGAAGCAACCUUGUCCCCGUCGAGGUCGCCGAAGACGUCUUACUGAGCUCCGAUCAGAUGAUGUCGAGGUCUCGGAGAAAGAGAUCGGAGGGGGAGGUGGCGCGGGAGAUGCAGCUGGCCGUGGCCACUCCGGUGGUCUCUGUCCCCGUCGUACAACAGACGCCACGUUCAUCCGCUCCGAUCCCGAAUGCCAGUCUUAUCGAGCAGACGGUGAAGAGCUGCCUAUCGCCUUUGUUCAAGGAGCUGCUUCAACAUGCCAUUGGAGGGCCGUGCGCGCCGGGAGGGGCUGGUGACGGGGGAGCGGCGCCGAAUCCUCUUCUUCUGAGCGGUGCGGGCGGCUCAGGGGCAGUGCAGGUGGAUGAGAAGUGGAGAAAGCAGCAGAUUCUGGAGCUGGAGGUGUACUUGAAGCGGGUGGAGCUUGUUCAUGAGCAGGUAAAAUCGAAACUUGAGGAGCUUAGGUCGAUGGGGCGCAGCUGAUCAGAGGUUUUCUUCACAGGAAAAAGAAAAGAAAAGAAAAGAAAAGAAAAAAAACUUGAUGCUUAAGCUGUCAUACUUUUAGCAAUUUAUUUAUGGUAGCAUGUUAGAUCUUCUUUUUUUUUGUUGAAAGGUAUAGAGAACAUUUGAAACAAUGCUGCUUUUCUUUUUCUUUUUCCUUUUUUCUUCUUUUCUUUUUCUUUCUCUUUUGUUUAUAAAAUCCUCUCUCCUUUCUGUGAGUUUUCUUUCAGUUCAGUUUCUUUUCCUUGGUUACUGUGGUCUAAAACUUUCGUAAUGGAUGAACUGGAGGAAUCCUGGGAAGAGAAGGGUGAGAACAGCUAUCAUUUGUGUAUAUAUUCAAUAGUAAUAUUUAUUUUAGUUGUGGAAAUUAAUGGUCUGCGGACUAGCCCGUGUUGUUAUUUGAGUUGCAUGUGAACAUUGGCUAGAUGGUUUUUACCCUCUUGCUGUCAUGUGAUUAUCUCAAGAAUCACUUCUUAAAUUUUCAUGCGUGUUUGAAGUGGUCUUUGAAGAUAAGAUUUAGUUAUGCUGAAAGGAUGCUUUCUCUGUUUUCUUAUAUGACAAGAAGUGGUGUACAAUUCUUUUACUUGUGAAUGACAAAUGUUCUCCAUUAAACUGGAAAA